AUGGCGGCAUCUUCUCCCGCCCCAGACAGUGAGUCUGUUCUGGAUCAACUGUCCAGCAAGGUGCCGGAUGGAGUCGUCUUGCCUCCCAAGAACGUGCGCGUCAACAUCGAGAAGACAGCCGGCUACGUCGCUCGCAAUGGCGCUGCCUUCGAAGAGCGGCUACGUGGAGGCCAGGCCGGCUCCAAGAUGACCUUUCUCCUGCCCGAAGACGCAUAUCACUCAUACUAUCGCUGGCGGAUCCAGGAGAUCAAGGAAGGCCGUGGAAACAACAUCAGCGCGGGCAGGAAGGCAGGCGAGGGCGGCACGGGAGCGACGUUUGCAGGGAGGGAAGAGAGGAAGGGCCCAGAGCAACCGGAAGAGUUCCAAUUCAGCGCGCGCAUGCCCAACAUCAAUGCGCAGGACUUGGAGGUGGUCAAGCUGACCGCCCUGUUCGUCGCCAAAAACGGUCGGAGUUGGAUGACGGCCUUGUCGCAGCGCGAGGCGGGCAACUUUCAAUUCGACUUUCUUCGGCCUCAACACAGUCUCUACCAGUUCUUCAGCCGACUCGUGGAUCAAUACACCGAUCUCCUGACCGGUGACUCGGUGGACGGAGGACGGCCGCAGAAGAAGAGAAUCACCGAACUCGAGGCCAACGUGCAGAACCGCUUCCGCAUGUUGGAUCGGGCGAAGAAGCGAGCGGAAUGGGUGAAAUAUCAAGAGUCGCAAAAGGUGGCGCAGGAAGAGAAGGAGGAGAAAGAGAAGAUUGCAUAUGCACAAAUCGACUGGCACGACUUUGUGGUGGUGGAGACGGUAGUCUUUGAUGAACGAGACGAUAAUGCCAACCUCCCCGCACCUACCACGCUCAACGACCUGCAGAGCGCCAGUCUCGAGCAGAAGGCGGCCAUGCGCGUCGGGGCCGACCGCAGAAUCGAGGAGGCCAUGCCAACCUUCGAGGACUACGACUCGUUCUAUAACAACGCCACCCCUACCCCACAGCAACCGGCAGUCAACGGCCAACGACCGCCAUCUACUCAGCCCACCCCCGUUCAAAACCAACCAUACCAACCCCCACCACAGCAAGCCCAGCAGAACGAAGAGCAAGAUCGUCUAUCCACCCUCCAAGCCGACAGAGCGCGUGCACGCGCCGCCCAAGAAGCCGCCCGCACCUCCACCAACCCCAUGAAGAUCCGCAAAGACUACGUGCCCGCCGCGCAAGCGCGCGCACAAAAGUCGAGCGGCACGUCCAUCUGUCCGAACUGCAAACAAGCCAUCCCCAACGCAGAAAUGGCAGAGCACAUGCGCAUCGAGCUGCUCGAUCCCAACUGGCGCGAGCAGUACCGCACGGCGCAGCACAGGAGUUCGACCACCAAUCUCAGCACUGCGGAUGUGGCGAACAACCUCAAGCGCUUGGCCAGUCAGCGCACCGACGUUUUCGAUCCGGUGACUGGGCUGGCCGUCAGCGAGGAGGAGUUGGAGAGGAGGAAGAGGGCGGAGCUGGGGGCGUAUGAUGGCAUCAGCGGCGUGCCGAGUCAGGCUGCGACGAUGGUGGGCAAGACGCCGACUGUCGCUCCCGGAACGCAAGGCGCGCCGGGGGCUGACGGUAAGCUGGAUGUGCAGGAGCAGAUUCGGCUGAUUCAUGAGAGGGCGAGGAAUGGAUGA